AUGACACUACCGACCAUCCCAAGGGAUAUCAUGAAGAAAAUCGUAACUUUGGUAGGUGAAGAAGGGCACGAACAUCUCGCGGCCUGGAUUUUUAUGGAGAGAGAAGGCAGAGACAUGGUGUAUUCGGUCGGAACUUGUUUUAUUCGCAACCUUUGUUCUGAACUUGAGUACAUAUUUCCAGGAGAGAAUGGAAGGCCAUUCUUUCAACGUUGUUUAGAAGCAGAUAAUCCGGAGGCUGUCUACUCUGAAAGUCUGCGGCUAGCUUUGUCGGCUGAGGAUUUUGAAGGUGCAAUCGACUUGUUAGACACCAACGUGCCAAAAUCUAGUAGAGCCACAUUUGUAGCUGCGAUUUUCAGUGUUUGCGCUGACAAAUGUGAAUGUGCAAACGAGUAUUUUACUACUUUAUUUGCAACUUUUGCUCCUCAUGACUCACCACGAAUAAGGGAGCUUGGCGAUAGCCUUCUUGAAAGGCUAAUAGAAUUCAAACCAACAUAUAGUGGCUUCAUGUUGAGUCCAUUUAGGUUUCCGGUGUGCCCAUCAGUGCCGUGGCCAGACUGUUCAAUUAAUUGCUACAUUUGUGGGAAUAUGUCCUGCAACCAUUGUUACUUAUAUUGGUGUACACGUGAAAUUGUUCUAAUGAUAUGUGAUUAG